AUGCAACGAUCCGUUUUGCUUACCGAACUCCGCGUCAAAGUCACGGGAGCAUCAGUGGACUAUGUGGGGUCUAUAACCAUCCACGAAGAAUUCUGCGAUGCUUUGGGGUUGCUGGAACGUCAAAUGGUCCACAUUCGCAAUGAACGAACAGGGGUUGACCUAUGGACGUAUGUGAUUCGGGGUGACAACACCCCUGCCGGCACUGUUUGCUUGAAUGGUGCUGCGGCUCAUUUGGUCCAAGUGGGAGAUGUUGUUUCCAUCACAGCUCAUGGGUUGGCAACAACAAUGACAGAAGCAAGCGACAAUCCACGGCAAUGGGAUGCCGUCCGAAAUGGAGUGACCCAAGUGGUGGCGCGCAUGGGAAAACCAUCCGUUACGUGGGCCGACAAUGUAAUGCUGGAAUACGCCCGUGGCAAAGUCCAUCGUCCACGUGUCACAGAAGUAGUGUCGGGAGAGGAAAACAAUGUGAUCUUUCCCGGUUUGAUUUUGGAUUCGGCGUGGGCACAAGAGGGCGGUCUUUGUCAUGGCGAGUCUGUGCACGUGGUCAGUGUAACCAAUGGACAACGGGACAUUCUGACGGUACGCCAUGCUCCAAAAGGCAGCCAGCAAUGUGCCAUUCACAUGGGACAAGCCAACCAGUUUGCCACGCAAGGCUACGGUUCCAGGCCGGGAUAUCAAGCAGGAGAUAUCAUAAUCGCCAUGAACUAUGGAUACAUCUCAAGAGCUGAUGUUUUGAAAGGAAAGGCGCCGUCCAUGAAAAUUUGCUUUCCUUUUGAACGGCCAGCCGAAAACCCAGCGGACGAUGAUUUUGGUGCCAAGAGCAAGCUGUACCAACUAUGGGAUAAAUCUGCAAACAACGGCAACAACAACAAGAGCAAAGUUACGCUGUAA